GGGAUUGGAAAUAUUAACCUGAUAAGUGAUAACUAACCGAUAAAUCUCAAUAUUAAUUUACUGUAGUUAUGUAAUUCUGGUUUUCUGAUUUUUACUCGCCAAGAUUAUUUAUGUAGGCUAGACUAACAGUAGGCCUACUGUAUUGAAUAAUUAUUAUAGGGUUAAGGUAACCCAUUGAAAUAGGAAAUCAGUCUUGUCUUGCUUUUGGGAAUGAUAAGGAAUCUGCAGAACAUUUUACAAAGGUGUACAUUACAAGCCAAGCUGUCCCAUGUCAAGCAUACAAGUUUAAGCUUUAAAGAGUGUACUGUGUCAACAAUGCCAGACUGUUCAGUUGAAAUUCGUGAGGCAAAAACCAGACUUCGCCUUGAGGUUAAGAAUAGACUGAAAAAUUUAACUCAAACUGAAAAGUUGAAGCAAACUUUUAUAAUUACGUCAAGGAUAGUUACACAUCCAGAUUUCCAAAAUGCCAAAAGGAUAGCCAUCUACCUAAAUAUGAAAAAUGAAGUUGGAACCUUUGACAUUUUGCAAGAAGCAUUUAAUGGUAAAAAACAAGUUUAUAUUCCACUCGUGGUUGGGAGUGACAUGAAAAUGGUCCGAUUGGAUUCAAUGGAUGAGUUAAAAGCGAUGCCAAAAUCAAAAUGGGGAAUAAUUCAACCCAUGGAGAGUGAUGAGAGAGAGGACUGUUUGGAGACAGGAGGAGUAAACUACGUAGUGGUUCCUGGGGUUGCCUUUACUUCCACAGGACUGAGGCUAGGCCAUGGCAAAGGCUACUACGAUAGAUUCCUGGCGGAAAAUGAUCGGAUUACUGGGUCCAGAUGCAUAACGGUUGGUGUAGGUUUUAACGAACAGAUCGUAGAUGAGUUACCUACCAAUGAGAACGACUUUCGCCUCACCUGGGUUGUGUAUCCUGAGAUGAGUUCAUUGUUCAGCAAACAUAUCGAGAUUCCGUCAGAGUUCAAACCACCUCCUGAACCAUUUAUUAUUUAGCAUUCAAAUUCUCACACAUUUUAGGUCUCAGUUUGAACAAUGUUAAUAUUUGUGUUUUAUCAGGUAAAAUAAAGUAAUAGGUGAGUUGGUGGCUCAGACGGUAGCAUGAUGAACUUCAGAUCUAUGGCAGCAAUGUCAUGUUUUCGGAUCCUGGUACCUGACAUUAUAUUUUAUCAGUACAGUUGACUCUUGUACCACAUCAGUUUAACCCUCGCUUUGAUGGAUAAUUUCCACACAUGUAGAUGUUCAACCUCUUAAAAAAUAAAUACAACAAAUAUGUAUUACUAAUAAAUUGUAAUAUUUGUAAAUUAGGAUUUCACUUAAGACAUUUGAAGAGGAGUGCUAAUAAGAUGGUUCUAUCGGUAACCAAAUCAAAAUUGCCAAUUUUUAUAUAUUUUUCUUGGUUUAUGGGAAAGAAUUAUUUUUUUGUAUGUCUGUAAGACUGUUGGUUUCAGUGACAUAUUUAAAACAAUUUAAAUGAUUUCCUAUCUAUUAUCCUAGAACUUACAUGACCAACUUUAUUAUUGUAAUUUUAAUUAACCUGAUAACUGAUUUGCAUGAAAUGAAAUAAUUUCUUUUACAAUCCUGAGACCCAUCUGGAUGGUUGAAAUUUUACUAAAUCUACUAUUUGAUUAAACAUUGCUAAUUUUCAUUGUUACAUAUUUUAUUUAUCACUUUGAAAGUAGUUUGUAAUAAAGCUUACUCUGCAUUAUUUUAAUACAAGCCAAAUUUUUUCCAAAAACUGUAAAUCAU